AGUGCUUCACGUAAAACACAACCCGGGAUAGACAGAAACAGAAGUAGCUGCUCCCAGCCCACUGGACCGUGUCCACUCCCGUCGCAGUAGCGCUGUGCCCCCCGCUUUCCGGAGCCUUGGUAGCUUCCCCCAGCUUUGUCAGCAGCACGUAACUGUUCUAAGGAAGCUGCGGUAACCCGACCGCCUCCAUCAUAUAAAUGUCUAUUUGCUUUGUCAGUUGUGUGCCAGCAGCGCAACCUCUGAUCUGAUCCGAACUUAGGACUUUUACCCGAGGCCGGCCUUUAUCAGACGCCCGCGGCUCCUUAUCGGCCCUUUUCCAUCGCCGCGACGCCUGGCCAGCCUCCUACGGAGCUUGAGCAAGGGCACCCCUGUUUUGCUGUAGCAGUUAGGAUGACAUUAAAAUCAAAUAAAAACGAACCGGCGGUGGUGUUCGAACGGGUCAACAGCGUCCGAACGGCGCUCUCCGACCUGUACCUGGAACAACUGCUGCAAAACAAACCGAAGUCGGAGAAGGUGAGCAUGCAGACCUACGAGGCCAAGGGGGAGGAGGUGUACACCAACGGCAGCACCAAGAUCAGCAACGGCCAGGAGCUGGCCAAGAUACGCGAAGUGGCCUUUGAAAAGUCUCCCUCUGAACCCAUGGGGGUGACGCUUAAAUUAAACGAGAAGCAGAGGUGCACAGUGGCCAGAAUCCUGCACGGAGGCAUGGUACACCGACAAGGGUCGCUGCACGAAGGGGACGAGAUCGCGGAGAUCAACGGGAAGAGUGUGGCCAACCACACCGUGGACCAGCUGCAGAAGAUCCUGAAAGACACAGACGGGGUUGUGACCAUGAAGAUCAUCCCCAAACAGCAAAUCCGCUCUCUCGUCUGUGAGAUGUACAUGAGGGCUCAGUUUGACUACGAGCCCACCAAGGAUGACCUCAUUCCGUGCAAGGAGGCGGGGCUUAAGUUCAAAACGGGCGACAUCAUUCAGAUCAUCAACAAGCAGGACCCGAACUGGUGGCAGGGAAGGGUGGACAGCUCCGCUGCCGACUACGCCGGCCUCAUUCCCUCCCCCGAGUUACAGGAAUGGCGUGUGGCCAGCAAACCCAGGUCCUCCUCCACAGGCAGCCAGUCCUGCAGCCCUUUUGGAAAGAAGAAGAAAUGCAAAGACAAGUACCUGGCCAAGCACAGCUCCAUUUUUGACCAGUUGGAUGUGAUUUCCUAUGAAGAAGUGGUGCAGCUUCCCGCCUUCAACAGAAAAACUCUGGUUCUGAUUGGUGCCCCGGGGGUCGGAAGGAGCCACAUCAAAAGCACCCUGCUGACCAAAUACACCGAGAAGUUUGCCUAUCCCACGCCACACACGACGAGGCCUCAGAAGAAGGAGGAGGAGGAUGGAAAGGACUACUUCUUCAUCUCCAACGAGGUCAUGACCAAGUGCAUCACGGAAAACCAGCUGCUGGAGUACGGCAGCUUCGGGGGCAACAUGUUCGGCACCAAACUAGAAACCAUCUGGAAGAUCCACGAGCAGGGGAAGAUGGCCCUGCUGGACGUGGAGCCACAGACUCUGAAGAUCAUCCGGACGGCAGAGUUUGCGCCCCUUGUGGUGUUCAUCGCCCCCACUGACACGGCAACUCAGUCCGAGUCCCUGCUCUCCAUCCAGAGGGAGUCAGACGCCAUUCUCGCCACUUACGGGCACCACUUCGACUUGAUCCUGGUGAACAACGACGUGGACGAGACGGUGAAGGGUCUGGAAGAAGCCAUCGAGCGCGUGACCUCCACCCCGCAGUGGGUCCCCGUGUCCUGGGUCUACUGACCGCCCCACUCAAAGCCCCCGUGUCCUGGGUCUACUGACCGCCCCACUCAAAACCCCCGUGUCCUGGGUCUACUGACCGCCCCACUCAAAGCCCCCGUGUCCUGGGUCUACUGACCGCCCCACUCAAAGCCCCCGUGUGCUGGGUCUACUGACCGCCCCACUCAAAGCCCCCGUGUCCUGGGUCUACUGACCGCCCCACUCAAAGCCCCCGUGUCCUGGGUCUACUGACCGCCCCACUCAAAGCCCCCGUGUCCUGGGUCUACUGACCGCCCCACUCAAAGCCCCCGUGUCCUGGGUCUACUGACCGCCCCACGCAAAGCCCCCGUGUACUGGGUCUACUGACCGUCCCACUCAAAGCCCCCGUGUCCUGGGUCUACUGACCGUCCCGGCUGGUGCAAUAUCUCUCUCCCGCCCCCCCACGAGAACCACGAAUGUGCAGACUGAUCUCCUGGGCGGCAGCCCUUCAUGUUAACAUGUAAACGUCACUGAGGAGUUUGGCACCUUAAACCCCUGGGAUCACCCAGAAGCAAUACCCAGGCCAUUAUUCCAUUUCAGAUAUGCAUACUCCAUGUGUGAACUCAACAGCACGCUAGUAAACACUAGUCCAGCUAAGACAAAAUGUUCUCGCAAUGUUGCUGGAGUAUUUUGUGAAUGCUGUACAACAUUGCCUCUGCAUGGCGGCAACAUUGAGAGAACGUUGUGCGUUUGCUGGCUGUUGAGCUGAGAGCUUUAAAUGUUGAUUAAUUUCAUCCACAUUAUUAUACAGAUCUGUUUCCCACUAAGUAAAGGCAUGAUUGUUUCUAUCUGAGCAAUGCAAAGAGGACCACUACUGUGAAAUUAAUAAUCGUACGACAGGGAUUCAUCACGUUCCUUUGCCUCCGUGAAGGAAACCGCCAUAACAUCCACUGUAAAUAAGAAUUUGAUCAAAUGAUCUGAGAAUACAGGGGACAAUGUAUGUCAACUAACCACGCAUUGUUUUAAUGAUCUGGUUUUCAUCGAUCUAAAAUCAACUCAAACAGUAACAAAACAUACCUCAUGUCUGAAUGCAAGGCACUUUUAGACUUUAUUAAAAAGCUCCCUUAACCUGAA